AUGAAUUCAUCUAGCAGCGUGGAAGAUAUUAACUUAUCGCUACUAGGCUUUACAGUUCACAGCAAUGUGUCCAUACAGAUACUUGGAAAUGAUAGCCAGGAGCUGAAUGUAGAAGAACUGGAAAAAAUGUUAUUCCUCUUUGACAAAGAACCAAUCACUAUUACCCUCACUGCUAUGUAUGUCCUCUCGUUUGUUGUAGGCAUUAUCGGCAAUGUAAUGUCUAUUAAGGUUCUGACAGGAAAACGAAGUGGAAGGACAUCUAGUUUAAGCGCCACCAGAAGCCUGCUUAUCAAUCUGGCUAUAUGUGACCUAAUGGUGGUUUGUAUCUGUAUGCCCAUUACAGUUGGCAACUUGAUAUAUAAAGUAUGGGUAUAUGGAGAUUUUCUGUGCAGAGCAGUGCCUUUUAUCCAAGCUGUGUCUGUAUCUGCCAGUGUGCUUAGCCUAACAGUUAUUAGUGUGAACAGGUACUAUAAUGUACAUAACCCUCUUAAUGCCAGGUCCUUCUUCACCCAAAAGAAAAUAUUAUGUACCAUUGUAGUGGUGUGGGUGGUAUCCUCCAGUAUAUGCAUGCCUCUGAUAUUUAUGAACAAAAGAGAUGAGAUAGCAAUCAUUCCGGGUUUGCCAUUUGUUUUCCCGAUCUGUCUAGAAAUAUGGCCCCAUGUUGAGUUCAAACAGGCAUAUAACUUCCUGUUGUUCUGUUCUUUGUAUUGCCUGCCAGUUCUCUUCAACAUGGUUAUUUGUUUCUUGACUAUACGCAAACUUUGGAGCUCUGCCGGCAAUUUUAAAGAGUGUGACUCAAGAAACCAGUCUUUGCCAGUGUCCAGGCUCAAAGUGAGGAAGAAAAUUGCUAAAAUGGUGGUAUCCUUGGUAUCACUUUUUGCAGUUUCCUGGUUACCGGUUUACAUGCUGGACAUUUGGAUUGAUUUUAACAUUCCCCAGCCAUCUCAAGAUGAUACUCCUUCACCUUGGAUUCUUCAUCUGAGACCAUUUGCUCAAUGGCUUGGACUCACAAACUCCAGUCUCAACCCAAUAUGUUACUGUUUUGUGGGAGACCUGUAUAGAUCAGCCAAGCACAUGAAGAGCAUUUACCACAACAGAAUGAUUUCUCUCUUCAGUUUUUCAUUUUCGGAUGGAUCUCCACCAUCAAUGCCGAGGCUGCUCUCUUACAAAAACUCAGUGAGAUCAUCCAAGAACUCUAAAAACAGUUGUCCUCUAGCAAUGGGGGACACCUGUGAGAACUGCUACCCUGUGAUUAAUGUGUGUGAAGCUACUUCUGUAAAAACCAUACCACGUCAUAAGUUAUGUUAAAGUCAAAAGUGGCAUUAUAUUAAAUGAUGGACUUGGAAAUAUGUAUUUUAAAAAGUCUGAAAGAAAAAUGACCAAUGACACACCACCAUGGAUAUGAUCAUAGUAAAUGAUCAUGCUGAAUACAUUUUAAAACAGAUUGACAGCAUCAAGAACAUUAGAUAUAUUGUUUUUUACAUGCUUUAUUACUUUGAAUGGAGUAUUUCAGUAAAAAUAAUUUCUUAUUGUCAAAACCUUCACCUAUCAAGUGAAUAACCCCAUUAUUUGGUCAGAAAGAGCACACAACAUUCAAGAGCACUGUGCUACAACCAAUGUACAAAUGAUGUGAAUUUAGCCUUUAAUAAAAUAACAGCUGAAACAAAUAUACCUCUUUAUACAAAUGUACCUAAACAAAUGAGAGCAUUGGCUUCAGAAAACAAUGCGACACACUAAAAAGGGAGUGAAAGCGAUAUAGAGGUAGGUGCACAGAAUUUUGGGAUGUCUUCAAUUGCUGGAAAUUCUGCUUAUCAUUCUGUUUGACACUUGGGAAAUGUCAAAACCCUCUGUACCCUAAUAGAGUAGGCUUUAUUGGUGUGUCUAGCUUUUGCACACACGGGAUAGAUACAAUGAUAAUGGGAACAUCUGCUAUCAGGCACUAAGAGCACCAAGCUUUAGGUGGAAUUUCUGCUGCAGGGGAGACCUACUCAUAUGGUGGUGGCCAUGUUAUUUAAAAGUCAAACUUCUGCAAAUGACCCCUGGCAAAGCCCAUAUAAUAGCCAGACCAUUUAUAGUGGUAAGUUGGGGCUCCACAAGGUCAAUCCAGGCCAUUUUGCUACCUGAACUGGUGAAGCCAAGUUAUUUUAACUUUAUCCCAUCAUCCAUUAUUUCCUUGCUACUGUAGAGAGCUGUGCUACACUCUAGCACCAAAAUAACUGAAGUUCAUAUAAAAGCUCUUUGCAUCUCCUGCAGAAGCAUUAUCUAUGCUGAAGUUCUCACCUUGUCUUACGGCAAAAACAACAAUAAUUAUUAUAGAAUGGAGUGCACUCUAAAAAGCAAUAGUAUUUAAAGAAAAGAAUAGAGCAAUGGGUGCUAUCAGAUAAACCAUUUCCUUUUGUCUCAUUUAGGGGAAACCAGUUAAUUUGAAACAAAUGUAAUACAAGGUACGUUUGAACGCCCAAAAAAAGCAAAAUUUCAAGACAGAUGGUAUGUAAAAAUAUUUUCUUGUUGUGAUAUUGGUAUAUAUAGACAUAUACAUAUUAAAAAAGUUGUUUGCAUACCAUCUGGCUUGACGUUUUGCUCUUAUGGCAGAAACACCCCUGGGAUAGGCAACUCAGUUACCAAAAGGGCCUAAAAUAAAUGUUGUCCUUUUUAUUUCCUUUACAGUCUGAGGAAAACAUUUUUUUUUACAAAACUGAUAUAAAGCAGAAGAGAAAGUUCAAUCUUGUAUUAUGGUUUAAUAGGUUGCUUUGAAUGUCAGUAAGAGGGUAUUUUUAUUAACACAAAUCUUUUAUGUCCUGUGCUAGGAGGUGUAUUACACUCACUGACAUUCAUGAGUGCUUUAAUUAUGUUUGCUGAAAUAUACUGCACACAUUCUGUCUCAGUUGAAAGCAUACAUGAUAACGUAAUGUCCAAAUUAAAAGAAUGUGUUAACCGAAAGCAAAGGGAUACUGUCAUGGUAAAAUACAUUUCUUUCUAAAUGAAUCAGUUAAUAGUGCUGCUAAAGCAGAAUU